UUUCAGCUUUUUUUGCGCACGACUUCCUGUAAACGUCCCUUCGACAUUUUACACUCGACAGAAAAACCACACGAAGAUUUGGCGAUAUUUGCACUUUUGAUUGUCGUUAUUAUUAUUUUGAGAGUUUGUGGUCAUUAUGUCAGGUGAAAAGGAGCAGAUGAACGGAGAGCAGCUUGUUGCAAAAGACCAGGACCUGAGCAAUGCCAGGGAGGAGCUGGAGAAAUGGAAAAAAAUGGUGGAGACCAUAGAAAGAGAAAAAGACAAGUUGAUUCUGGAGAAACUCGAUACCGAUGAGGCAAAGAAAAAAGCGCAGCAGGAGGUCACGAACUUGAUGAACGCUCAAGAUCAACUUGUAGUCAGCUUCAACGAUAAGUUAAAGGAUAUACAGGCAAAAAUCAAUUCUAUGGCAAACGCCAACCAGGAUCUGCAGAAAAAACUACAGCAAUGUAAGGAGCAGCUGAAAACUAAGAAGGCUGAAACAGACAACUUGCAGAGGAGAUUUAAGAUCAAAGCUGAGAUCCCUGAGAAAAGAAUGAGAUUCACCCACAUCCAACAGGAGGAGAAUGAGAGUGAUGAGAAUGAGGCUCAGGAUAUCAAGGGAGUCUUCACCAUCAUCCAGAGACCUUCCUUCCUGUUGAAAGGAGGUGAAGCUCUCAUCACCUUUGAGGAAGAGAAAGUGGCGGAUCAGAUCCUCAGGCUGCCGAAGUGCACUGUGGCCUGCGACAAGACCAAGAGUGAAGUGAAACCAGGCACCAUGGCUCUCGAGCCCUCUGCGAAAUUCGAGGUGCAUAUUACGGUGUCCAAGAGGACCAUCGAGUUCUCAAAUGCUUUUACGUUUUGUCUGCCUGAGGAACGAAUGAGAGACCGCUUGGAGCUAGGCUUCUCCAAACCAAGCCGCGGAGGAGGCGAGGUGGAGACAAUAAAUUACGACGAGAAGGCCGGAGCAGGUUCCAUUACCUUCCUCAACACUGGAGUUGCAGAGAAUUUGACACUGAGGGGGAAUUUCUACGUCGAUGCCCCCGAGGCGAUGGAAGUCACCGUGGCGCCGUCGUACAAGUACGAGCUGAAAAAGUUUCAGACGUUCUGCGGGGUGCCGAAGCGCACCGUACUGCUCAGAGGCAUUCAGGACAUAAGCGAUGAAGAAGAUAUGCAGGACCAUCUGGAGAUCCAUUUCCAGAAACCCAGCAACUAUGGCGGAGAGGUUGAGAGCAUUAAAUUCAUCUCGAAAGGAAAGAAUCUCAGAGCUUUCUUCAGUGAAGACUGCGCUGAAGCCGAAGCCCAAUAAACCCAAUAAAACGCUUAUGAUUUGGCUUUUUCUUUUAAAAUGGCCAAAACGUAUUAGCUUGACAUGACUCAUGCUUAUGCUAAGUCAAACAAAUGAAUAAUAAUUAAAAGUUGAAGAGUUGAAAAGUUGUAUUUUUUCUCUGUUUGACAUUGAACUAAAGCUUGAUAUCCUUUAAAUCAUGAAAUAAAUCUUAUUCGUUUCAUGACAA